AUGACCAGCUUUAUCCCUCCGGAUGUUAAAACAUUUGUCUCUUGGGACUAUGUUGUCUUUGCAGCACUCUUCCUCAUUUCUUCCAGCAUUGGGAUCUUCUUUGCGGUCAAAGAGAGGAAAAAAACAAGUUCCACAAACUUUUUAGUAGGGGGCAGGCAGAUGACUUGUGGACCGGUAGCUCUGUCCCUCACAGCAAGUUUCAUGUCAGCAGUCACAGUACUGGGAACUCCGGCUGAGGUGUAUCGCCAUGGGUCUUCCUUUGUGCUGUUCUUCAUUGCAUAUGCAUUUGUUGUCCUUUUUACUGCUGAACUUUUCCUACCCGUGUUCUACAAAUCUGGAAUCACAAGCACUUAUGAGUAUUUGGAGCUAAGGUUUAACAGACUUGUUCGUGUGGCAGCAACACUGAUUUACAUAGUACAAACGAUCGUUUACACUGGAGUGGUGGUCUAUGCUCCAGCUCUGGCUCUCAAUCAAGUGACCGGAUUUAAUCUUUGGGGCUCUGUAUUUGCAACAGGAAUAGUUUGCACCUUCUACUGUACACUGGGAGGGUUAAAAGCUGUUGUCUGGACAGAUGCCUUUCAGCUGGUCGUGAUGGUGAUUGGGUUCUUGACGGUUUUAAUUCAAGGAACUCUUCAGAAUGGGGGCCUUGGAAAUGUUUGGGAAGAUGCCAAGAAUGGAUCACGCCUUGAUAUAUUUGACUUUGAUGCUGAUCCCCUGAAAAGGCACACAUUUUGGACUAUUGCAGUAGGAGGAACAUUUACUUGGUUAGGCAUCUAUGGUGUUAAUCAGUCCACAAUACAACGGUGCAUUUCCUGCAAAACUGAAAAGCAUGCCAAGCUUGCACUAUAUCUUAACUUAGUCGGGCUGUGGAUCAUCCUGAUAUGUGCAGUCCUUUGCGGCUUGGUGAUGUACUCCCAUUUCAGGAGCUGUGAUCCUUGGACUGCUGGUUUCAUAUCAGCACCUGACCAGCUGAUGCCAUAUUUCGUGAUGAUCCUCUUUUCCUCAGUACCAGGACUUCCUGGAUUAUUUGUUGCUUGUGCAUUCAGUGGAACUCUAAGCACAGUGGCUGCAAGCAUCAAUGCUCUGGCAACUGUAACGUUUGAAGAUUUUGUCAAGUCCUGCUUCCCAAAACUCUCCGAACGUAUGAACACCUGGGUCAGCAAAGGCCUAUGCAUAGUAUUUGGAGUGCUCUGUACUACAAUGGCUGUAGCAGCAUCGCUGAUGGGUGGUGUUGUGCAGGCUUCACUUAGCAUUCAUGGAAUGUGUGGGGGACCUAUGCUAGGACUAUUUACAUUGGGAGUUCUCUUUCCCUGUACCAACUGGAAGGGUGCCCUUGGAGGUCUCUUUACUGGAAUCUCAUUGGCAUUUUGGGUUGGCAUUGGAGCUUUUGUGUAUCCUGCCCCACCUUCAAAGACUCUUCCAUUGCACCUCUCAACAGCUGGAUGCAUUGUCAAUAACACAGAUGCUGUAGCUACUGUAUUACCUACUGUACCUCCUAUCAGACCUUAUCUGGCAGACACCUGGUAUUCUUUGUCAUACCUUUACUACAGUGCAGUUGGAUGUCUUGGCUGCAUUAUGGCAGGACUUCUGAUCAGUUUUGUAACAGGUCCAUCUAAGGGUGAAGAUAUCACACCAACUUUAAUCCGCCCAGUCUGCAACUUAUUUUGCUUCUGGUCUCCUAAAUGCAAAACCUUGUGCUGGUGUGGUGUGGAUCACGAUAACUGCAAAGGACUUCAUGAGGAAUUGAAAAUUGAUUGGCAGAAAGAUCACACAAAGAAGGCAGAGGCAAGUGAUGUCCAGAAGAAUGGACUGGAUGGACUGAGUAUCUCAAUACAGAGCCAUUUACCUGGUUAUAACCCAUCUGAGAAAUCCUACACUAAUCCAGGCAUGGAGACAGAAUCUCACUUUUAGCAUGCUUAGAAGAAAGACAUCUAGCUAACCAUUGGAAUUACAUAGCCUCAGCCCAACUUUACAAAAAGGAAAUUGCUGGCAGUACAAUUCACCAAGGAUACAUUUAUUUCUAAUUUUAGAGGGUCAUUUAAAAAAAUAUUUACUGAACUCAUUUCAUAACAAGAAAAAGAAUUCAGUGUAACUUGCUGUGGUGGUGAAACUUAACAAUAUUUUUUUAAGUCCCAGUCUCUUGUUCACAGUCCAGUUGCUAAUAGCAUGGAAUUUAAAAAUGCACACUGCGAUGCAGAUGACAGCUUUCUUUUCCAAUAUCACAAUGUCAUGGAGCAGUUUUAGCUCCCUAUGUUCU